GCCCGGCGCCGCCCUGUCGCCCCGCCGCCACCUGCCGCUCGGCCGCGUCCGCACCUGCGUCGCGCCCGCCAUGGCUGGCAAAGCACACAGGCUAAGUGCCGAGGAGAGGGACCAGCUGCUGCCAAACCUGAGGGCCGUGGGGUGGAAUGAGCUGGAAGGCCGCGAUGCCAUCUUCAAGCAGUUCCACUUCAAAGACUUCAAUCGGGCUUUUGGCUUCAUGACGAGGGUGGCCCUUCAGGCGGAGAAACUGGACCACCACCCCGAAUGGUUUAACGUGUACAACAAGGUCAGUCCAAACUGGAGUCAAGAGGCAUUUAGAGCACUUACUCAAUGAAGGCACCGGAGGAAAAGCAGGACCGAGCCACCCUGUCUGCAUGGAGUUCACGGUCAUGUAGGGGAAUUAAGCAGGAAGCAGUUAACUAUCACUAGGCAGGAUGAAUGAAGUCAGUGCUAGAGGCGAGGAUAAGAAAUGAGCUAAGGAAACAUGAGGCGAUUGACAAGGGUGACUCUGGAGGCUUCAUUUAAAUGAUGCUUCGAAGACCUGAAUGGAAUUCUUGAGGCAGAGAUGGCUGAGGGGGCACCAUGAAUACAAGUAAAGGUGUGUAGGACACUGUGUUUAUCCGUGGUGGGACCUGUGACUAGGAAGGCAGUCUGCAUGGGGCGCCUGGGUGGCUCAGUUGGUUAAGUGUCCACCUCUUGAUCCUGGCUCAGGUCAUGCUCUCACCAUUUGUGGGAUCAAGCCCCAUGUCGGGCUCUGUGCUGACUUGAGGCUGCUUGGGAUUCUCUCUUUCUCUCUCUCUCUCUCUGCCCCUCCCCCACUGACACUUGCACUAAAAUUUAAAAAAAAAAAAGGCAGUCUUAGGCUGUAUGAUCUGUCUGGUCUACAUCCCAUGGGGAGAUUUGUUUUUAAUGUUUUUAAUGUUUACUUUUGAGAGCAAGCAUGAGUGGGGCGGUGGGGGAGAGGGAGGGAGAGAGAGAGAGAGAGAAACAGAAUCUGAAGCAGGUUCCAGGCUCUGAGCUGUCAGCACAGAGCCCAACACGGGGCUCAAACUCACGAACCGCUAGAUCAUGACUUGAGCCAAAGUCGGACGCUUAAUGAAGCCACCCAGGUGCCCCAUCCCAUGGGGAGAUUUCUAAUCCUCAAGGAUUACUUGCUUUUACUACAUAAGGGAGAGGACAAAAAUCCUAGCUUAAGGAGGUGAUGGGCUAUUUUACCACCUGAGCAGCUAAGGAGCCAAUUCCUAUAGACCAGUCCUCUAACCUAGUGACUCUAGGGUAGAAUAUUCCCAUAAUGUGCUGUGUCUGGGAGAAGUGGGAGCCACAGAGCACAGUAUCCUCUCUCCCCAGCGCAUGCCACAUGGAUGUCCUUUUGCGGAUGCCAUUAUGCAAGAUUUGGGGAAGCCCUUCUCCCUCACCUAUGACCCCCUAGCCUGAAGGUGCCGGCAUACUAAGCUGACUUGCAAAUGCCACAGUCCCUUGGAACAGGGUGUCACAACCCAGUUACCCUGGAUGAGUUGGUCCUGCAACAAGGGCCAGAAAAGAGACAGAGGUUGGUGGCUGAGAAGUCAGCAUACUGUUGGUAAGAGGUACUAGCAGGAUCUAAAGAUAACAAUACCUAGGUCAAGAGCAAGUUCUUAGCAAAGCUUAAUAUCAAAACCAAUGAGAUUCAGAUGCUCUCCCGUCUGCCCCACUUC